UCCGUGUUUGGAGCCAUGUGCAACUUGACGUAAAGUCUGAGGUCUGGAUGAGCAGGAAUGUCGAUCCUACCGCAGAUAUCCGGACAAAACUUUUGAGAGGAAGGUCAAAGUUUUUUUUUUUUAGCUGAGACUGCGCUGCUUCUGCGUCCGAAACGGGAAAGAAAGACACGGCAGGCUCAAUGAAGAAUGCCAGGCUGCACAGCUUCUUUGCUCUCAGCAUUAACAGCGACUCUCUACUGUGCUGUAGUCGGUGAGACUAAAUUCACUAUGAGUGCAGAACAGGAGGUCUAUCAUGCAGAAGAAAACAGUAACAUCACAAUGACAUGGCUGUUCCCUUUCGACACCAACAGGCCUAUUGACUUCCUACAAAUAGAGCUAAUAAAUGUGGAAAAGAAGACACGGGUUUACUUCUAUAACAGUAAGACUGGCACUUACAUGUAUCCAGAUGAGAACUACAGAGGACGACUGCAGUGUGAUCCACAGCUCGCCAGGAAAGGACGAGUUGAAUGUCUCUUAACUGAUCUCAGGCUCAACGACACGGGGACAUAUCACUGGAUCGUUGUCCAUAACGAAGAAGUUAGUUCCAAAACCUGUGACCUCAAUGUUACAGCUGCUGCUGAAAAAUUGAAGACAGAAACACUGAAACCAGAGAGCCAUCAGAGGAUCGGUCUUUAUUUAGCUCUGGCUUUGUUUGUAGUGGUAAUUUUUGCACUUUCCCUGAAUUACUUGAUUUUAACGUAUUGUAAAUAAUCAAUAUAAUUUGUAUUUAUGUGAAGUAGCAGCCCAUUACAGAUCACUCCUGAGGUCACCUCUGACUGUAAUGAGGCUGCUGACUGUUUUUAAAAUAUUGUCACAAUUCCUCAGAGCUGUACCACAGAGCAGUGCACACUUACAUCAUCCUCCACUCUCCCAUAUUUAACACAAAUUUAUGCACUUUUAUUCCCAAGGUUUUUUGUUUUUUAAUGACUUCAGUCCACCCUGACCAGUUACAUCCCAUGUUGUCAGGUUUAGACUGAAGACACAUGGAAACGAGAAAAGUAACGACCAAUGAAUUGGUCAUUUCUUAUUUAGUAAUCAACAAAUAUUCAUUUCGUAGUAUUUUGUACUGAAGAAGUUAAUAAUAUGCUGCUAAUUAACUCUGGUGCUAAUGGAGUUCCUUCAGUUUACAUAGAAGUGUUUUUGUAUCAGCUUCUGUUUCCAAAGAAUCUUCUUCUAUGGAGCAGUUUAAACUCAACAUGAUCAAAAUAGUUUGUUGUUUGUCAUUAAUGCAAACUAGUGUUAUGAAGUUCACCAAUCAGUGUUUAUCCAUCGCUGACCUUAAGAAGAAUGCACUUUGCUCACAGCUGAUGACAAAGACUUGAUUGGAAUCAGUAAUUUGCUGAAUGUUUUUUUCUUCUUUUUUCCCUCCUUCUACCUCAUAUUAUUCAGUUUACAUUAGUUUAAAACAGCCGUUCAUUACAGAUUACCUCUCAGUUCAGCUCUUUCUGUAAUGAGGCUGAUGUUAAUGUUAACUGGGAUUUCCUGGCCAGCAGUCAAAGCUCCACCAGACACUGUGAAAUGAAGGUUUUUUUAAGUUGUUUUUGUGACCAGAGAGGUCCAAUGAAGUGAGACUGAGUUAGUAGAAUAUGUUUUAUCAAAGGGAGCUAAGAUAAACACAAAAUCAUUUUCCCUACAGGAAGUACAGCUUCUUCUUUUUGUGGGUUAUUACCCAGGAUACUGAAUCAGUAAAAUAAUUUGUUCUUAAAUGUUUUAAAUGUUUUUAGUCUCCUUAUUAAAUAUGAGACAGUGUCAUAUUUGAACACACACUGAAAUUUAAGUGUGUGUUCAAGGUUUCAGAGCUCUAAUGUGCAGGUGUUUUUCAUCUUACAAAUAAACAGCAGGACUGAAUAAAUCUAUAUAUUAUUCAAGAAUUCACAAGAUUAACCAAUGAGAUGCUCUCUCACCUUAUAUGUUGCCGUUAAUAACUUAAAAUAAAAAUUUUCAUCUCUGA